GCGGCGGGCGCGCGGGGGGCGGCGGCGCCCGAGCGGACACGAGCCGGCCAGCAAGCAGCCGCGGCGGCGCCGCAGGACGAGCGCCCAGGGUCGGUCUGGGGUUCUAGCAGCUGGACGAGCCCUCCCGGCCCUGACCGCCAGCCACCGUGUGGAAGAUGCCUGAGCAGAGCAACGACUACCGAGUGGUGGUGUUCGGGGCGGGUGGCGUGGGCAAGAGCUCGCUUGUGCUGCGCUUCGUGAAGGGCACGUUCCGGGACACCUACAUCCCCACCAUCGAGGACACCUACCGGCAGGUGAUCAGCUGCGACAAGAGCGUGUGCACGCUGCAGAUCACCGACACCACGGGCAGCCACCAGUUUCCGGCCAUGCAGCGGCUGUCCAUCUCCAAGGGCCACGCCUUCAUCCUGGUCUACUCCAUCACCAGCAAGCAGUCGCUGGAGGAGCUGGGGCCCAUCUACCAGCUCAUCGUGCAGAUCAAGGGCAGCGUCGAGGACAUCCCCGUCAUGCUGGUGGGCAACAAGUGUGACGAGACGCAGCGGGAGGUGGACACCCGCGAGGCCCAGGCCGUGGCCCAGGAGUGGAAGUGCGCCUUCAUGGAGACGUCGGCCAAGAUGAACUACAACGUCAAGGAGCUUUUCCAGGAGCUGCUCACGCUGGAGACACGCCGGAACAUGAGCCUGAACAUCGACGGCAAGCGCUCCAGCAAACAGAAGAGGACAGACCGCGUCAAGGGCAAAUGCAUCCUCAUGUGAGCCCAGAAUGCCCGCCACCAGCCGGCCCAUGCCUCUCCCAACUCCCCUCCUCCUCCUCCUCCAGUCCUCCACUCCUGGCCCUCCAAUCCUCCCUGCCCUCCUCCCCAUCUUCUUCUCUCUCCCUCUCAUCUCUUCCACUUCUCUUCCUUCACCCAGCGCCUCUGUGGGGGAGACCGAGGCCCCGGUGAGCCCGCGGCAGGUCUGGGGCUCCAACCUGGCUCUGCCGCAUGGCUCUGCCUCCCCGCCCCCGCCCCCCCAGGCCUGUCUGCACCCCCCAAAGCCACGUGCUGGAGGUGGCCCCCUGGAUCCGCACAUGAGAAAUUGGGGAAGCUGCCUGUCCCCGCUGGGACCGCGGACGCCGGGUCUUCCCUGUCUCUGCCCGCCUCUGUCUCUUUCCCUUGGGUGCCCCCAGCCAGACCUGCGCGUCUCCCCCAUCAGAUCACUGUGACCUUGCUGGGGAGGGGGAGUGGAAAUGCACAUGGACCUCAGAGCUUGUUUUCCCCUUUUUGGUGUUUAACACACGCUGCCCCUGCUCCAUCCCUCAUGACCUCUGGCCUGUGCCCCCACCCCAGGUCCCAGAUCAGUCCUCACCCCUGUCCCCACAGCCUCGGUGGGGGGGGCUUGCGGGACGGGUCUCAGGCCACCAGGCAAUAACCACAGAACCUGCAGCAGCACCCCGCCAGCCUGGAAUCCCACUCCUCACCCCGCCUGGGGAUGAGGCCCGGGGUGCAGGCAGGGGAGGCCUGGGACUGGCCCACGGCCACAGCACAACUCAAGGGGACCGUCCGGCAUGAACAUGGGGGGCCUUCCCAGACGCGGCCUGCACAGAUUGGCACAGCCUGUCACCACCGAGCUUCAGGCAGGGGCACCUGGGGUGCUGGGGAGAGGGCUCCCGGGGCCCCAUCCGGGGGCAGGCAGCUGGACCCAGCACCAGCAGGAUCUGAGGGGAAUCAAGGCAGAGAUCUGCCCGGCCCACUGCCUCCCGCCAACUGUGCCCCAGAGAGGGGGGCUCUGCCCAGGAAGGUGUGUGUCCGUGAGGUUCUGAGUGCUUUCUGAGAGUGUUCAGAUAACUGCACUCAUGGGACCCUGCGGGGCUGUCUGACAAGCACGAAGGGGAGCUGUAGGCCUGGGGUGGGGAGGUGACCGCGGGAUGGUGUAUUUGUGCAGACGGCCUGUGUCUAAGCAUGUGUUAGUGUGUGCACGCGCACGUGUGUGUGUGUGUCAUUCGGAUGGAAGUCUGUGUCACGGUCUCUGUGUCGUAACGGGGUUGGCGGUACGUGGGGGUGGGCAGGGUGGUUGUCGAUAGGACUGGCUAUUUGUGUUCGACGGGAACCUCUGUACCAGCAUGAGGGGUGACUGUAAGUGGUCGUAUUUUGGGGAGUGGGUGACGUGAUUUAUAGGACCACACCUGUGAACCUGUUUGUUCUGUCUGAGGAACGCUAAGCCCGUUUGACUUUGUAGUGAGGUGGCUCUCGGCUCAAACUCUGUAUCCGCCCACGGUUGGCACCUGACAAAUGACCACAAAGCAGCCACCGGAAGCUGGACGCGUUGGUCAUCUCCGUCCCUGGGGGUCAGGAGCCCGGGCAUGGCUUACCCGAGACUUCCACUCGGGAUCCCUCGAGGCAGCGAUCGCAGCGCGGGCUGGCUGCCGUCUCAUCGGAAGGCCUGACCGGGGACCGACCGGCCCCCACGCUCACGCGGCUGUCAGCGGCAUUCGGUUUUCUGCAGCUACAGGCCCGAGGGGCUCCGUUGCUCCCCGGACGGCAGCGAGCGGCCCCAGGGGCUCCUCGCCCCGUGCGUGUCUCCCUGGGCCGCUCGCAGUGUUGGGCGUCCUGGGCGUGACGGAGCUGCGUGUGCGUGCUUGCAUGUCCGUAUGUGCAUCGGGACUGGCCUGUGUGUGUGCGGGCGCGUGGGAGAAAGGCCGUGUCGGGUCGUGUGACCACGUGGGGACUGUGUGUAGGUUACGAGGGACGGUUUGUGUCCAUCCUGGUAGCCGUGUGUUUGGUCCUGUCUGUGUUCGUGUGACUCCACAAACGUUUCCUGGGCACACUGUGUGGGGAGGGAGUGUGUGUGUGCCAGAGUGUGUCACCACCUGGCACAUGGACGGGCCCACGGAAACGCUGGUAGCAUCCUGCCCGAGCACAGCUGAGCCCCUUCAUCCUGUGGCGGGUCCGGGGCCCACCAGCCACUGGUGUUGCUCCCUUCCCUACCCCAGGAGCCAUUUCCUGGGCCUUGCUGGGCAGGGGUCUGCAGCCCUUUCUCAGGGACACACCCUGAUAGCACAAUUUCCCUGGGGCCCCACCCACUUCCAGGCCUAUCCCCACCCCAGGCCAUGGUCCCCUGGGUGGGGGAAAGGGGUUCUGCAGCAGGAGGGGCCUGAGGCUGCCCCAGCUGCUGGCCCACCCUGCCUGGGCAUCCCUGGUUCUGGGGACCAUGCCAGGCCAUGCUUGCUGUGAUUUCACCCCUUCCCCUUCUCCCCCCGCAUGUGGGUGCCCCCUGCCCCCCGUUGUGGGGUCUGUGUAGCAUUUGCUCUAGAAAUAGUCUUCCUGCAAUAAAGAAGUGGAUCCUGCA